CCCACCCCUUUUGAUCCUCUAACGUCAGUACGUAAGUUAAAUAAGUACUAUAUUUAUUUACUAGUAUUGUAGUAUGAUAUUGUAUUUGAGAUAGCAACUAAAUCAUAUACCUGAAAAGAGAUAUAUCUAGCAAAUCAAAUAAUAAUUUAAUAACUAUAAUAUAUUAUGUGAUUCUAAACGUAGAACCAGAGUAGAACUUUUUUAGUUUUUUUUUUUGAGGGGUAGAACUUUUUUAGUUUAUGCUUAGUAUUGGUCUCAAUUUACAAAUGACUUUUUUGGGUGAAUAGUUGAGUACUUAUUUCAAGUUCCAAAACAAAGUUUGUAAUGAGAGGAGUAAUUCAUAAGCAAGCUAAACACUACCUAAUUGUCAAACUAAUAAUCUUUCCAUCACUAUAUAUAAAAGCACAAACACCAUUGUCCAUCACAAGAAAGCACUUUGCACCAAAAAAAAAAAAAAAAAAAGAAACCAUACACUGGCUUGCCUAUCACAAAUUUCUUUCAUCUUUCACUCUCUAAUUGAGCAGCUUAAUUAAUAAAAUUGAGCAUAAUAAUGAUGGCCAUAAAAUUUGCAUGGAUUGGGUUAGUGGUGAUUUGCUUGGCAGUGCGAAGCUUAGCCACUGUGUACACUGUGGGUGACACAAGUGGUUGGGCGAUUGGGGUUGAUUAUGGCACUUGGACUGCCUCUAAAAAAUUUGUUGUUGGUGACAGCCUAGUGUUCAAUUACGGGAGUGGGCACACAGUGGACGAAGUAAAGCAAAGUGACUACACAACAUGCACAAUUGGUAAUUCAAUAACAACAGACAACAAAGGCACCACAUCAAUACUCCUCCAAACUCCUGGGACACAUUAUUUUAUAUGUGGAGUAAUUGGUCAUUGUGGAAGUGGCAUGAAAGUCUCUGUUGAUGUUUCAGCUUCUGGAGGUUCUACUACUUCCUCUAAUUCCACAUCUACUAAGUCUUCCCCUCCUUCCACUGGUGCCUAUCCCACCACCACCACUGGCACUAACCCGUACACGAUCCCGGACUCGGCCUCGUCUACAAGUACCUUAUCUUCUCUUCAAGGUGGACGCUGCAUCAUCUUUGUGAUUGCCAUAGUAAAUUUAGCUCUUCUUUUGUGACUUCGAGUGUAAAGUAACAUGUUUAUUGAGGUUGGGAUUGUUGGUUCCCAUAGGGCCAGGUUAGAGGCAGUGCUUUUGUCUAAUUUUGGUUGUUGAACCUACUUUGUGUGAGAUAUUCCCAUCGUCCCCACACGAAUAAAUGUUUACUAUGUUCGGUGUAAUAUUUAAAUUUGUAAUGAUUUAUGAUCUAGUUUCUACAUUAGAUUGCUGAUA